GGAAUUGAAGAUAGAAACCUUCUGUUCUGCUCUCCGGCUGUGACGUGGUGUUCAGAGACUGACUGGUCUAGUCAAGUGGGACAUCCCAGCCAUGGAGGACACGCUCACCUGUACUCCCACCACCUUUUCCCAGGUGUUUGGCCGCCAAGGACAGCUGAUGCAAGCUACUGUGCAAUCUCUGAACAACCUGAACGACCAGAUUGCUCACUUCAUGGUGAACAGACCCAACUCCAUGAGCCAUGAACAGGACACCUUUCUGCCCAAUGAAAGAGAUACUUUGAAACAAUCCAUGGCUCUGAUGAGACACCUGCUUAUGGACGCACAGGGCAAAAUCCUGAAAAUGAUGGAGGACAACAAGCAGCUGGCUCAGCGGAUCGAUGGGGCCAUCCAGUCGGCCAGCCAGGAGGUGACCAACCUGCGCUCCGAGCUCUCCACAACCAGCCGCAGACUGGCCGAGUUGGGGGCCUGCAACCCCCUGGAGAACAACCAGCAAAACCACCAUCACCACCACCACCACCACCUCCUCCACGAUCCAACGGUCCACCGCAGGCAGAAGUCAGUGAUGUCUGAACUCGGUUUCCAGACUGGAAUGUCGAGGUUGAUGGACUUUGGAACUCCAGAUUCUUCACUUGACAAAGUGUUGCUGAGGGAGGAGGUGGCUCAGUUGCAAGAGGAGGUGCACCUCCUGAGGCAGAUGAAGGAUAUGUUGAGUAAAGACCUGGAGGACUCACAUGGCGGCUGCUCUGCCGACACUCUCUCCGCCGCCGAGCUCAGGGUGCAGUUGGGGGAGAAAGAGCAGGAGCUGGAGCGUGCCAAGGAGGCCUUACAAGCUAUGAAGGGCGAUCGAAAGAGGUUGAAGGCUGAGAAAGCUGACCUAGUGAAUCAGAUGCAGCAGCUGUACACCACACUGGAGAGCCGUGAAGAGCAGCUCAGAGACUUCAUCAGAAACUAUGACCAGCACAGAAAGGAGAGCGAGGACGCGGUAAAAGCUCUGGCUAAAGAGAAGGACAUGCUGGAGAGAGAGAAAUGGGACCUGCGCAGGCAAACCAAAGAGGCCACAGAACAAGCCAGUGUCCUGCACUCCCAGAUAGACAUGAAGGAGAACCGAAUCAAAGAGCUGGAGGCAGAGCUCACCAUGGCAAAGCAGUCUCUGGCCACCCUCACGAAAGAUGUGCCAAAGCGACACUCUCUGGCGAUGCCAUCAGAGCCAGUGGUGAAUGGCAGUCAGGAGUGGGUGAUGCAAGCAGACCUUCCCCUCACGGCAGCAAUCAGACAGAGUCAACAGACCCUGUACCAUUCACACCCCGCGGACAGGCAAGCUGCUUUGAGGAUCAGCCCCUGUCACUCCCGUCAACCCUCCAUCAUCUCCGAUGCCUCGGCUGCCGAGGGCGACCGCUCGUCCACCCCGAGCGACAUCAAUUCCCCCCGUCACAGGACUCACUCCCUCUGCAAUGUAAGAGCUGCCUGGCACCCCCGACCAAUCCAUGGAGGACCUCGAGGACCAGAAGCGUAAAAAGAAGAAGGAAAAGAUAAGUCUUGGUUCACUGUCUCGAGUGUUCGCCCGGGGUAAAUCUCAACGCAAGUCCUUGGAUCCGGGCCUGUUUGAUGGUACUUCCACCCCUGAUUACUAUAUAGAGGAGGAUGCUGACUGGUGACUGUGCUAUAUGUGUGCGUGUUUCUGCAUGUAUGCCUGGAUGAGUGUGAAUUAAUGAGUGUACAUGAGUUUGCGUGUGCCUUCAAAUGUAUUCCCCAUGAAAAAUGCAGGAAAGAGAAAGAACUGCUGACUCUUCGAAAUGUACAUACAACUCUUAAAAGAACAUCUAUGUAAAUGAAAUAUAUAUAUAUAUAUAUAUAUAUAUAUUAUAUAUGUAUGCAUAUGUACAUAUGUUUACAUGCAUAUAAAUAUAUACACGGGAUCAUUGGCGUGUGAAUAUGUUUAUGCUGUUAUGCUUUAUUUGUGGUAAUUUAUGUCUCUUUUUUAUAAACUGGAAACUUGAAUUACUGCUGAGCAUUUGUAAAUAGGAACUUUUGUGCACCUUGUGUUUGCUGAUGACUUUAUGUGGAAUGCUUCUUUUUCAUGACCGCUUUUACCAUGCACCAAAGGACCCAGGCUGUGUUCAUACACCAUACCGUUUGGCCCAUUGACCUUUGACUUUGUCGUGAAAAUCUGAAUGAUUUAAUGUUUAACAAUUGCAGUUUAGCAAAUGAAGAUGUACAGAACUCAAAACCAUCCAGAUAUGAAAUUUGCCUUUACUGUACAUCUCAGUAUGCUAAUCAUGGAGAAAUAGUUAUGGUAACAACAAGUACAAAUAACAAGUCAAUUUAGUGUUUUUACUCAAAGUUGCACUCAAAUUGGAAUAUUCAUUUGGACGCAAGGACAUUUUUUAUUUUGUUCAGAUCUACCCCUAUUUAUUAGACCAUUUUCCCUUUUUUAAAUGAUCCUUUAAAAACAUUGUGUAACCCGUGAAGAAUUAUACUAGAUUUUGAACUGACCAUGAUGAAACCGUGUCAUCACUGACUGCUGCCUUUACACCCUGAAUACACCGGACACGUCCGUUGACGUGUUGCAAUGGAUUGUCUACACAAGAACCGUCGAAGUGAACAUUCGAAAUGACGUGCAGAAAUCAUGGACCAAUGAGCUGUGAGCUCAAGUAGACUUCAGCAAUGUUUAAAUGGGUGAAUAACCCGUAUCCUACUUUAUUUUCAAUGGAAAUCAACUGGCAUAAACAUUUACUUUUUAUAUAAUUAUUAUUGAAAUGUUAUUGUUGCUAACAGGCUAGUGCUUGGAUGCAAUCUCUGGUGUGGCACUUGUAUGUUUAGUGUUCAACGUUGAUCGAUUCAAUGUCAGUCAGGGUAGGGGCAUAAGAAGUUUCUGGGGGUGCUUGUGGCAAGUGUAGGGGGGGCAAUGUCCCCUCUAGCCCCCCCUUUAGACCCGACCAUGAGAUCAGAAACAUAACAAGAUAGCUUUAAUGUUAUAAUCAGAAGUUAUUUAAAUGUAUAACGAAUAUAAUUCAUGACAAAAAUAAUCAAAUGAUUUAAUUUCAAAUGUAUAGAAUAAUAAAGUGGCUGGAAUAUUUAUGAACUACCAAUCCGUCUACUGCCGGCGCUACACAAUGCACUGCAGACUAUCCUUCUGGUGUAGACUGCAUCAUUGAUUGAAAUGGGAGUGAUUUGCUUUUGGCGCGACGCUCGUGUCCGGUGUUGACGGGGUGUUAAUUUAGCACAUAUUUACAUACAAAUCUAGUAUAUGCGUUAUUUUUCCCCAACUAAAGGUGCUGAGCCUAUGAGGACCUUGUGUCAACAAAGUGCCAAAGGUUUAUACUAGAAGUUGUGAAGUAAAAAACACAUAUGCUUGCAGUGGUCAAGAAAUUGACUCUCUGUGCAAACAAUAAAAAAUGUAAAUGUCUCUGAAAAAAAUCAUAACACACCCUGCUUCCAUAAUAUAUUUUUCCAUUAAUGUUGAAACCAAUAAUGUCAUCAUUACUCCAUCUCGCUGACAUAUCACAUAUUUCUUUUCGUUUCAAACUUUCCUUUGCAUCUUGGUGGCACUGAUUUGUUUGAGUUUUUUUACCUUUUAAAUUAAACUGACUAUUCCUCAUGUCAUGAGUUUUUGUUGUAAGGUUUGUAAAGUAGAUUAUGCCAGAUAUAAGAUUAUAUCUAUUAAAGAAUUUAUUUAAAGAUUAGGAAAGAGGUCAUUUCAAUGAACCCGGACUGUCUUUGGAAUUACGGACAGACCGAUGAGGAAGUUUUAACAUUCUGGAGACAUAUGAUGAUUUAAAAAUAAUCAAAUAAAACUUAUUUUAAAAUAAAAACACAUA